AUGGCUGUGCUGGUCGGCCGAGGUGUUAGAGUCAAAUUGAUUAAAUGCAGGAUUUAUCUUAACAGGGCUCUCUCUUUCCUUAUGACCAGGAAUAAAGGUUCUUUGUACGAGAUCUGUCACAAGCUGCCUAAGGUUGAGACUCAUUGUCACUUGUAUGGCACUAUUUGCAAGGAGACAAUCACCUAUUUCAACAACCGUGCUGGCAAGCCUUUCACCGAUGAGCAAAUAGAGCGCUUUUACAUCAGAGGAACCAAACCGGUCGGGGUCCUAGCGAUUUUCAGAGGACUCGAUUCAGAUCUGAUCAAAUUCCCUCAAGAUCUCUAUAGAAUCACGAAGGAGCAUCUGGCGGUGGCGAAGAGCCAUAAUGUCAUUUAUAUAGAGCUUUCGUGGAAUCCUACAGGAACAGUUUUGGAGUCUAAAAUUCCUUUUGCUUCAGCGCAGAAGGCAAUCCACGACGCCAUGAUAGACUCGGAGGCUGAGAUUGGAAUCAUGAGCAGGCUCAUUUGUGCUAUUGACCGACAAGCCGAACCAGAAAAAGCUGCGCAGAUGUUAGAUUGGAUGCUAGAGUCUCCGUCGCCAAUGACGAUUGGUAUCGGAAUUGAUUACAAGGAAGAUGGUUUCCCUCCACAGCUAUUCGAGGAUACUUUCAAGCGUGCGAAGAGUAAAGGAUACAAGAUAACCGCUCAUGCUGGCGAAUUCGGCAUGCCUUGGAAUAAUAUCGACUACGUUGCAAAUAUCAUCCACGCUGACCGGAUUGAUCACGGAUAUACAAUCAUUGAUAAUCGAGAGCUGGUUGACCAGUUUUUGGAAGAACAACGGCCAAUUAGUGUUGUUCCUACGAAUUCCUAUUAUCUCAGACUGUUCGAUCCGGAGGAAUGGGCCCAAAAGCAUCCGAUCAGGAAGAUGAUCAAGCUUGGACUUAAUAUCUAUCCAAACACAGAUGAUCCCUCUUUCCAUUGUGUGGAGCCUACGAAAGCUUGGAUGAUGAUGGUGGAAUGCUUUGGUGCAACCAUUCCAGACCUCAAACGAUUUGCAUAUAACGCGAUCGACAGCGCGUGGGUGGACAAGGAUCUAAAAUCCAAGUGGAAACAGGACUGCGAUAAAUAUUUCCAGUCUUUAUAA